GCUUGGAGCUUGCUGGAGUGGAUGGAUGGAUGGACGGAUGGAUGGAUGGAAUGGACCAAAGCCCUGGCUUGUACGUUCCCUCUCCUCUGCUCCCUCCUCAGUACAGUUUGAUACGAAGUCACCUCAACGUGUUCUGGGUGCCGCGAUCAUUUCCUCCAUCCAGGAGAGUGAGUGCUAGUAAGACUUUUAUCCAAGUAGUAGUAGUGCUGUCGGUCUCUCUGUUUUCCUUCUACGAUUUUGGGGCCAAGCCAUCCAUCCACUUUGGGGGUACUAAAUUGUGCAAAAUUAGUGAUCUGAACGCAAGUGGAUCGUGGUAAUGGAUUGACCAGAACUCCUUUGGGAGCGUGUGUGUCCAAUGCUGAGUCUCCAGUAUGUCAUGGUGCCAAGAUUUGGGCCUAACCUUGAACAGGUGUCGUGAGUCGAGGUGAAACGCCACGACUUCCUUAGUGCACUCAACCACCAAAACUUUGAAAGUGUACUACUACUUCUACCAUUUCUACUCCUUCUUGUGAUACCAGAUCUAACUUGCAUUCAAAAUUCUCACCUUAACCACCACCAACACGAUGCGUCCUCGACAUCAGAGUAGUCCUGAGAGACGAAGGCCCAGUCCAGAACGACGGAGACCAAGUCCCAGCCGACGAUCUCGUAUGUCAAACCAUCAUCACCCACACCACCAUGGACCACCACCGCGUGGGAGUCCACCACGUGGAGGCGGCAUGGGCGAAGCCACGCCCAUUUGCCGGUGCCGAGUGUUAUAUCUCGGGUCAGCCGUGCCUCACAUCACAAAAGACGGCCUUCAAGGCAUCCAGGAACCGCUCAAGGAGCUCUAUCCUGAAGAAGGCGCCCAUGGGGCAAAGGGGAUCGAUUCUUGGCUGAGUGUGUGGUCCAACGGGUUUCUCCUCGAGAAUGUGGACGAGAACCGCAAGAAAGUGACUCGGUUCUUCCCAAUUGAGGCCCUACAUUAUUGUGCGGCUGUUCGUUAUGUGUUAGUGCCUGGCUCAUCACCCGCUGGCGAUGAACACGUGCAACGGUUCCUACCCUUAGACUCGCCAUUCGCCCGCAAUCCAAACAUCAAUCACCCGCCUUUAUUUGCUGCCAUUCUGAGGCGUACCACAGGGAUCAAGGUGUUAGAAUGUCAUGUUUUCAUCUGCAAGAGGGAAACUGCGGCCAAUGCACUAGUCAGAUGUGCUUUUCAUGCUUAUGCCGAUUCGACCUAUGCUAAACAUCUGGAAAAUGGAGGUCAAUCCCUCUAUGGAACCAUUGGUGCUCCCACACCAAUCCCAAUGUCUACCCCAACGCCGAAUGGAGGUCAAUUUUCCACAGGUGCCAUGAACAUCUCCGAGAACCCGCGAGACUACCAGCAAUCAGUUUUGGAAGUUUCCGAGGAUUCCAUAGACUCGAUUAACAAGAUGGAGGAUUGGAACCGCAUGGGCAAUGGACAUGCCUCUCCUCCUCAUGCCAACGGCAACGGCAAUAGCAACGGUGCCCUCAAGAAAAGGAUGGUGAACGGUGCGCCAAGUCCUCGCGAAAAUGGAAACAGGAGCAGUCCGGAUGACUCAUCAGAGAUCAAUGGGGUUCUGGAUGAUAAUCACAAGGUCUGGUCAGGCAAGACCCCCGAGCCCCCAGAAGCCAUUUACGAUUACGGCUCAACCAUGAGAAGUUUCAGGAGCUCAGCGUCAGGAUUGUCACAUCGUAAUCGGCCUCGUCAGAUGAUGAUGCCCUCGUCACCGCCCCCACCCCCUAUUCCAGAGGAACUCCAAUCCACGAUGAAAGAAGAGAAACGCAAAGAGAAACAGCGUAAGAAACGCCGUUCCAAAAGUAGAGACACAAUCGACGGCGGCCAUUCCACGUCCUUAUCCACGUUCAUGAAUGGUGAUGUGCCCAGGCAAGGUUCGGCCUCUGUCAUGGGCGGGCAUGUUCCUCGAAACCACAGUAAGCAAAGUGCCAAUACCCUACCUAAUGGGAAUGGAGGUCCUCAUGUGCCUCCCAAUAUGCGCAUGAACGGACAUGGACCGCCUCCUCCGGGGCGAGGGGGCAUGCCACCACCUCAUAUGAUGAUGGGAACGUUGCCUCCCAAGAUGAAAAAGGCCGGUACUUUUUCGGCAAGAGGAAAACACUCACGAGGAGCACCUCCGCCAUUUAUGAUGAUGCCUCCUCACGCUCCUCCACCAUACGGACUCCCUCCGCAUUUGAUGCCUCCCCCUGGCCAUCCUAUUUAUGGCAUGCAAGGUCUUCCGCCUCAGGGAUAUCACGAGGAGCCUAUUUAUAUGCCUCAUAAUACUCGACCAUUGUCCCCUACUGCGAGCUAUCAACCCGGCCAUUUUCCUCACGAGGCCUAUUACAAUCAGCAGCAGUACGCCACAAUUGACAAGGCCAACAAAUACAGAAAGCAAAAGAAGAACAAGGGCAACAGCAAACAAGUGUCAUCUGAUAGCAAUGCCGACGACUCCGAGUUUGCCGCCGGCAUCUACAAGAAAGGACAUAUCAAUGAAAGAGCCUUUUCCUAUUCGAUCCGCAAUGAGCAUCGUUCUCGCUCUUUUGGCUCGCUCUCCAAUAUUCAGUUUGGUCCUAACGGGGAUCCAUUGCCUCCCAUCCCGCACACCAAUGGCGGGGGCCCUCCUGACAUGAAUGGUCAUGGACCACCCAAUGGACACGGUCCUCGAGGCAAAGACUAUGUGCAUAUGAUGUCAGAUUUAGAGCUCGGCGAAGACCGUCUAGAGCGCAGUGAAGUGCCGCCAGGCCUCUACCAUCCACCCAUGGAGGGCGGUGGUGGUGGUGGUGGUGUUGGAGGAGGAGGAGGAGGAGGAGGAGGUGGCCGACCCCAUGGGUUCGGAAACAUGUAUGGCCCACCCCCUCAUCCCCAGAUGAUGAUGAUGCCUGAUCCCAUUCACGCAGCUAACGGAGGGAGAAAAAAGCGUUGAUCCAUCACAGGUCACGUACAACCAAUUCCCGCAACAACUCGAUAUCAAAAUCCCGAGGACCAGAUUCCUAUCUAAUGAUGUUGUGACUUAUGUUAUUACUAGUGAAUGAUUGACGCUCCCCCCUAUCGUUUCCAAGCUACAUACAGCCCACAAUCCAGAGAGCACUCGCUCACUCAUUCACUCCCCGACAAAUCACGACCAGAACGGACACACUCUCCUUGCAACGUAUUUCCCUGAAGAAAAAAAAAAGAUUCUCAUUUUAAAAUGGAUCGUGAGACAUUUUCCCUUAGAAAAUGAAAUCCCCCUUGUGCGUUAAUCUGUAGACAUUUUGACUUCUGAAUCUACGCUAGACGACAAUCUCCGGUCCAGUCAUGGACUCUCCGCCGAAGUUCCUUUCCAAACACUAGAAAUCUACAAUCUUAGCUACACUUACUUACGUUUCCAGACACGACACUGUCCACAGAAAACGGCCACCCUUUUAAAUCCGACAUUUGCGACAACUUAGGGACGCUUUCUCCCACUCGUGUUUCUUUGAAUGGACUCUCAGUAAUGUUAAAUAUCUCAAAACAAUAGAGAACGAAAUAUAUUUCAAUAUCAAGAAA